AUGCUUGAAAAAUCGCCAAGUACCGUCAAUCAAGCAGCUUUGGCAGUGAUCCAUGAGAGCUUGAAAAAACAUCGGGAACUGCUCUGGAAAGUCAACCACAAGAUAUUCUCGAAUCCGGAGACAGCCUACCAGGAGUUCAUAGCACACGAUACGCUCGUUGCGGCCCUGCAAAGCGAAGGCUUGAGUGUAACAGCACACGCAUAUGACAUCGAAACGGCCUUCGAAGUGGAGUUUGGAUCGGGAGGAAGGGUGUUAACCUUCAAUGCAGAAUACGAUGCGCUUCCAAACAUUGGCCAUGCAUGCGGACACAACCUCAUUGCAACUACGUCACUGGGAGCAUUUCUCGCUGUCGUUGAUGCUCUCAAAAAGACUGGCAAACCAGGUCGUGUACGACUGUUGGGAACGCCCGCCGAGGAAUCAACCGGUGGAAAAGUGAAGCUAGUCAAUGCGGGCGCCUAUAAAGAUGUUGACAUGUGCUUGAUGAUGCACCCAACUAGUUCCAGUGUCUAUCCUGGGAACGUAUUGGGCGAUGCUUACGACCGAACGCUAGCAAUUUCGGGGUUUCGCGUGAUUUUUCAGGGCAAACCUGCGCAUGCUGCUCUGGCACCUUGGGAGGGAGUCAAUGCUCUGGACGCAGCGGUUGCUGCAUACAACAGUGUUGCGGUACUACGCCAGCAGGUGCGGCCAGAUGAGCGAAUCCAUCUCAUCAUUAAAGAAGGCGGAUUGGUGGCCAAUGUUAUCCCUGAGAAGUCUGUCGUGGAGCUUGGUGUCAGAGGACCGACUCUGGCUCGAGCUCGUGCAUUGGAAGAACGAGUCCUGAAUUGCUUCAAGGGAGCCGCACAGGCUACCGGCUGUGAUAUUGAGAUCGAAUGCCUGGGCGCCUAUGCUGAUCUCCAGACCAAUCUUCCAAUAUGUCAAGCAUUUCAAGAUGCAAUGACCUCAAUAGGUCAUCAGGUGCAGAAUAAUAUCGGCCGUGCAACCACUCCCGCGUCAACAGAUCAAGGAAACGUGAGUUACGAGUGUCCGAGCUGGCAAGGCAUUUUUGGCAUACCGUCACCGGGUGGUGCUUUCCCUCACACUGCAGCGUUUGCCGAUGGUGCAGGUACUGCGGCUUCGUUCGAGACAUCCCUCCUAUCUUGUGAGGGAAUGGCUAUUGCCGGGUAUCGCUUUCUAACAGAUGACAACCUAGCAUAUCAGGUCAAGAAGUACUUUGAUGAUCAGCGAGAUGACUAA